UUUUUUGACGAUCAGACGUGCGCUGACAUAGCGUCGUCUCACACAUGGCCCCCCUCCAACCAGCUUCGCAUUAAGCAGGAGUGCUAUAAGUAUUCAUACGAAAAUACGAUUGAUGAAUUGCAUUUUCAGUUCUGCAAAGAGAAUCACUGGGGCUCGGCUUUGGAGCACACGUGCAAACCCUGCGGAUGUCAUCAUGUGGGUGCUGAAUCGCCACAGUGCGGUAAUGAGAAUGGUGAAUGCAAGUGCAAAAUGAAUUACAUCGGAAAACAAUGCGACAGAUGCGUGGAUGGCCAUGGUGAUAUCGAAAACGGUUGCCCACCUUGCGAAUGCAACAUGAUCGGAAGCAUCGGUGAUCAGUGUGAUGCAGUCAGUGGCCAGUGCACGUGCAAGCAAGGUGUUUUCGGCAAGAGAUGCGACCAAUGUCGACCGUCUUACUUCAACUUUACUGACGCGGGAUGCCAGUUCUGUCACUGCAACAUAUACGGCUCAGUUGAAGACGGAAAGUGUAACAACAUCACUGGUAAAUGUGAGUGCCGCAGUAAUGUUGAUGGCACGAUGUGUGAGAAAUGUGCGGAUGGAUUCUUCAACAUUACCAGUGGCGCUGGAUGUCAGGCUUGUGAAUGUGCGGCGAUAGGUUCGGAUGGAGAGGCCUGUGACCUCCACUCCGGGCAAUGCGUCUGUAAGCCAGGAGUGACCGGUCUGAAGUGUGAUCGUUGCCAACCGAACCACUACGGUCU